AUGCGCACCUCAGUCUUCACCCUGCUCGCUGCGGCAUCAGCCGUGAGCGCUCAGACCGGCCCCGCGCCUCAGGUUGCUGGUAACCCAGCCGGCGCCAGCUACGUCGCUACCCUGCCUGUCAAGGAGGGCAGCCCUCUCCGCGGCGCCAUCACCGCCGUCUCCGCUCCCGAUGGUGUCGGUGUCUUGUUCAGUGUCUCCUUCAGCGGCCUCCCAGCCACUGGCGGCCCCUUCAUGUACCACCUCCACGAGAAGCCAGUCCCGGAGAACGGCAACUGCACUGCCACCGGUGCCCAUCUCGACCCGUACAAGCGCGGCGAGGUGCCCAUUUGCGACGCCAGCAAGCCCGAGACGUGCCAGACCGGCGACUUGAGCGGCAAGCACGGCAACUUCACAUCUGGGGAGUUCUCUGCUGAAUAUGUUGACCCGUACUCCGCGCUCAUCCCGGGCAACAACGCUUACUUCGGAAACCUCUCGUUCGUCCUCCACUUGGCCAACAAGACACGCAUUGGCUGCGCCAACUUCGUCUCCCAGGGUGCUAAGCCUUCAUCUGGCGCUAGCCUCCCUGCUCCUUCGGCCACGGGUUCGUACAACACCACUGUGAUGCCGACCGGUGGCUCGCCUGUCACUCCCACCUCAGCCCCGCCAUCAGAAUUCACCGGCGCUGCCGUCAAGGCCGCUAGUGCCGCCGGCGCUGUGCUCGUUGCCGCGGCUGCCUUCGUCUUGUAA